AUGGCUCCAGAAAGAGGCGGAAAGAGUGUAUUCCUUGGGAAUAUCCCAUACAACCUCACCGAGGAACAGGUCAAAGACAUCCUCAGUUCCGCCGGCACCGUCACGAAAUUCCGCCUUAUGAUGAACCCCGAAACCGGAAAACCCAAGGGCUAUGGAUUCGCAGACUUCGCAGACGCAGACGCAGCCGCAUCAGCAGUCCGCAACUUGAACGACUACGAGAUCAUGGGCCGCAAGAUCAGGGUGGACUGGCCGCACAACAACGAGAAGGAUUCCGUGCCAGAGGACUACUCGCAACCGUCACAAUUACCAGUACAAGAUAUACAGAUGGGCGGCGCUCCCCAGGGAUCCGCGCCUCUGCCACCGUUGCCGCCGGGCGUGGAGCUGCCGCCGCAUUUGGACUGCCCCAACGCCAUCUCGCAGACGCUCUCCUCCCUUCCUCCUAAUCAACUUCUUGACGUGCUCGCGCAAAUGAAAUCACUGGUCCUGGCUGACCCGGCACGAGCCACGGAACUGUUGCGCCAGGCUCCCCAGCUUGCAUACGCUAUUUUCCAGGCCCUCCUACUCAUGAACCUCGUCGACUACGGUACUCUGGGCACGGUCGUCGAACAAGCCGCGCAGCCAGCCGCAGCCGCUCCCCCACCUGCGCAAGCAUUCCAGCCCUUCAAUGCGGUUCCUACGCCCCCGAUUGUCAACCAGCCUUUCGUUCCUCAGGCGACGCCGCAGCCUGCUGCCAUGCCAGGGCAAGAGGAGCUCUUGCAGCAAGUGCUCACAAUGCCGCAGUCAGCUAUUGAUGCGCUUCCUCCUAUGGAGCGGAGCCAGAUUAUGCUUCUACGACAGCAAUUGAUGCAGGGUGCGAUGAGGUAG